AUGUGCACGCGCAUUGAUGGUGCGCUAGGGCAUCAGACCAUCGCCAUCCCAUUACCACCUGACCGGGGGGGAGGGGGGGACAUGGUACUUGGUGGUUGUAUCAGUAUGAUUGAGAGCCAAGCUGAUGUGUCACAUUGGGAGAGAUAUUCCCUGGGGUGCAGAUGUGAUGGGGACGCGUUGGUCUAUGCAUCACAUGUGGAUGUGAGGCGUCGGGGACGGGAAGAACAAGACCAGACCCGACACUGGGACCAUCUCCCUGCAUAUGGAUCUGAAGAAAAGCGCUGCCGGUCGAUACAUAUGACGUAUGUCACUGAAGGGGUCAGGAGCCGAUCUCUCAUGGAUCUAUCUAGGCAACGAAGUAGUAUUGAAGUACCGAUGAAGGCCAUUGGAGGUCUGUCAGCUUCAAGGCAUCCGGUCUGCGUUGCUUCGCAUGGUGUUGGCGAGGUGAUUGGUGGUGUUGAGUCAGACCCGCGAGUCAAAACACGCAAGCUGUCACAUUUGGCGAUGGUGGGUAUGGAUCUCCUCUAA